AUGGCGAGAGGGUUAGCACCAGUAGCAGAAGAGUUAGUGUUGGAUGCCAUUGAUAAGGAAAUUUGUCGGAUUUAUGAGGAGGGCAACAAUGCUCAUUAUUGUGUUAUUACUGAGAAGAGGGGCAAGAAUCAACAAAGCCAUGAGAAAUCAUAUGAUGCUAGUAAAGGUAAGCAAAGAGUUGCUCAUGGUCAUAAGACUAGUGGGGGAGAUGCUCCUGAUAGGAUUGUAUGCUUCAAGUGUGGUCGAACUGGUCAUAAGAGCAAUGCUUGUACUACUGAGGUGAAGAGGUGUUACCGUUGUGGUAAGACGGGACACAUGUCUUCUGAUUGUAAGCAUAAGGAUGUUGUCUGCUUUAACUGUGGUGCGGAGGGGCAUAUUGAUAGCCAGUGUCAGAAGCCAAAAAAGACAGUUGUAGGUGGUAAAGUGUUAGCUUUGUCAGGCACUCAGACAUCUAGUGAGGACGGUCUUGUUAGAGGUACUUGUUUCAUUAAUAGCAUUCCUUUAAUUACUAUCAUUGAUACCGGUGCCACUCAUUGUUUUAUUGCUUAUGAUUGUGUGAAAAGAUUGGGUCUUACUUUGUCUGCUAUAAAUGGAGAAAUGGUUGUCGAACUCCCUUCUAAGGGAACGGUGACUACUUCUCUAGUGUGUUUGAAUUUUCCUUUGUCAAUCUUUGAUAGGGACUUUGUUGUUAACUUUGUGUGUUUACCGCUUGUCGGUUUGGAUGUGGUUUUGGGUAUGAAUUGGUUGAAACGCAACUACGUUCAUAUCAAUUGUUUUAACAACACGGUGAGAUUUUCUUCUCUUGAAGAAGAAGGAGUUGGUUUGUUGACUGGUAAGCAAUUGAAGCAACUGAUGCAAGACGAAGCACAAAUGUUCUCAUUGAUGGCGUCCUUUUCUUUUGAGAAUCAAGUUCGAAUUGAUGAGUUAAAGGUGGUGCAAGAAUUUCCUGACGUGUUUCCUGAUGUACCUCCAGAAAGAGAAGUUGAAUUUGCGAUUGAUCUUGUACCUGGUACCAGACCUGUUUAUAUGGCACUGUACAUGAUGUCUGCAUCAGAGUUAUCUGAACUGAAGAAGCAAUUAGAAGAAUUGCUUGAGAAAAAGUUUGUAAGACCAAGUGUAUCACCGUGGGGAGCACCCGUAUUGCUUGUAAAGAAGAUAGAUGGAAAUGUGAUGUUGGUGGAUUUGAUGGUAGGAACCGAUCGACUUGGGAAUGGUGAUUUCAAGUUAGAUGCACGUGGUGUGUUGAGAUUCCGAUAUCGUAUUUACAUUCCUGAUGAUGAAGAUAUUAAGAAGGCGAUUCUUGAAGAGAGACAUAGAAGCAAUUUGAGUAUUCAUCCAGGAGCUACAAAGAUGUAUCAAAACUAG